ACAACUUUUACUUUCCAAGCAAUUGAUAAAUAUUGUUGAAAAGUUAAAUCCUCUCGUUCAUUGAAUCAGCAUUUGUCAAUUGAAAUUUGUCGAACGAAACCUCGAAAAUCAAAUGGAGUCCAAUUGUAGAGAGCAGGAGACGAGUAAAUUGGUCAGCAUGUGCAUCGAGGCGGCGACUGAGAGCGCCGCCGCAGUGGAGACUUGGCGGAGGCAGCGCCGGACACUGGAGCGCAUGCCAUCUCAUCUCGCCGAUGCUCUCCUCCACCGCCUUCUCAGACGCCGCCUUCUAUUUCCUUCUUUGCUUGAGGUUUUCAAGAAUAAUGCGGAGGAAAUUGACCUGAAUGGUGAGAACUGUGUGGAUGCUGAAUGGAUGGCAUACUUGGGGGCAUUCCGAUACUUACGCUCGUUGAAUUUGGCGCAUUGUCGCAGAAUUAAUAAUUCAGCCAUUUGGAAUAUAUCAGGAAUGACAAAUUUAAAGGAAUUGGACCUUUCAAGAUGCUCCAAGAUAACAGAUGCUGGCAUUGAGCAUCUUUUGACAAUUUCAGCUCUACAGAAGUUGUGCAUUUCAGAGACAUGUGUCACUUCAGAUGGUGUUGCACGUCUCUGUUCACUAACUAAUCUUUUAACAUUGGACCUAGGAGGCUUAUGUGUCACUGAUUCGGCUCUGAGCUCUCUUCAGAUUCUCAAGAAAUUGCAAUAUUUAGACCUUUGGGGGAGUGAAGUAUCAAAUGAGGGAGCCGCUCUCCUCAAAGUGUUCCCCAACCUGAGUUUUUUAAAUCUAGCUUGGACCAAUGUUACAAAGUUGCCAAAUUUGUUCUCUCUUGCGUUCCUAAACAUGAGUAACUGCACAAUACAUUCUUUAUUUAAAGAAGGUUGCAGAGCUCACCUGGAGAAGCUUAUUCUUUCUGGAGCUACAAUUACAGAUGUCCAUGACACCUUCCUAAAUGUUGACACUAGUUGCCUUUAUCACUUGGAUUUGUCCAACUCUUCUGCUCCCUCGUUUUUCUUUUUGCCUUCUAUGAAAGCAAUCACACACUUGAAUCUCAGCGGUAGUUUGGUGGUGGACGAUUCUAUCGAACACAUUGCCAGUGUAGGAGCAAAUCUAAGAUAUUUGAAUCUCAGCAGCACAAAAAUAAGCUCUGCUGGAGUUGCUAUAUUAGCUGGACAUGUUCCUUGUCUCGAAACUAUCUUGUUGUCCAGCACCUCCAUUGAUGAUACUGCUGUCUCAUAUAUUGGCGUGAUGCCUUCCCUCAAAGUUGUCGACCUGAGCUGUACACUAGUUAAAGGUUUCAUUCACCAGGAUGGCAACGAACCUGAUUGGGUCCCAUCAUUUUCAGCGCUCCAAAAUCUUAGUUAUCUGGAAAGAUUGGAGUUGGACGAGAUACAAAUUCAUGAUGCAGCAUUGUGUCCUCUGACAAGCUUGGGCAGAUUGAACUAUUUAUCUUUACGAAGUGGUAUCCUUACAGAUGCAUCUUUAUAUCACGCAUCAUCUAUUCCAAGGUUGAAUUAUCUUGGAAUUCGUGAUUCUGUGCUGACUGAUGCUGGGCUCGUUUCUUUUGUUCCUCCUACAAUGCUAGAAGUGCUGGACCUCAGGGGUUGCUGGCUGUUGACAGAGGAUGUUCUUUCGGUUUUUAGUCAGAAGUAUCCUCAAAUUGAGGUGAAGCACGAGCUUGUCAGUAGUUCGACUACUGAAAAAAGGAACUCUAGUUUUCUAUCUCCAGCUCAAGCAACUUCGAGAGGUUUGCAGUACAAACAUAAGCUGGGACCACUUCGGUCCGAUUUAGAUACUUUUCUAGAUCAAAGAUUGAAGUACAGCAAAGAAGAACUAUUGUCAUUGCAAUUUUCAACCGCCUCAUUUUCAACUUCCACCGAUCAAGGUAAUCAGAAUCAUCAAUAGCAUUCCAGGUGAUCAAUCUUUAUAGGUGGUCUGAUCAACAAAAUUUAUGGUGACUUUAUUUUGUCAAAAAUCUAUGAGUUAGGCCCAGAAUUGCGGUCAGAGUAAGACUGUGUCAAUGAUUUUCACCCAUGGUUCUAUCAUACCAUAUCGGGUGACUUUGACAAGUAUUGUUGUAUGCCUAUGUGUUCAAACAACCACAACAAAAGAGAGGAGGUAAAAGGUGUUCUAGAAUUGGAGAGCAAAUAGAAUAGAUUUUAUUAUAGCGAUCAUUUUGGAGAAUACGUGGUUGAAAGGUAAGAAAAAAAUUUAGUUCACGUGUAAAAUUAUUUUAUUGGGAAAUGUGUGAUUGAAAUCAAGUUUGAAGAAAAACAAGUUUUUAAA